AUGCUCGCUAUCGACGAUAUACUCUCUACUGACCUAUCUGCUGACGAACACAAGCCGCAGCACUCCUGUGUUUCGCCAAGGAUUCCAUAUGACAGCACCACACAAUCACGAGGCAUAACCCAGGGUCAGCUUUUAGCGGCCGCAAUGGGUGUUUUGGCGCUCAACCUUGCCCUUCUCUUGGUUCUCCUUAGCAGAUUCGAAGAGGCCAUCGUCAGACAAGUGUUUGCGUUGCUAUGCACGCGGAUACUUGCAGCUAUGAACGGAGAGAUUUAG